UGGAUAAUCCUCGAUAUUUCCUGAGCAGAUAUAAACAAGUUAACAUCAACUAUCUACAGAUUAAUGAUCUAGCUACAAAUUCACUGGUCAAAGAAAUUAAGAUUGGAAGUGUUAAUUUUGUUUUACCUGUGGAUAAUACAAGAUGUCUGAUUCAACAUGAUAAGAAAAUAUCCCUGUUUGAUCUACAAACAUCAUCUAUAAUUCGAACAUACCAAGGUCAAGAGUCGCCUAAAACAUGUACAGAUCCGGUUAUAAAUUCAGCAAAAACAGAAUUUUUUUCCCUAUCACGUGGAAGAAUGAAUAUAAAGAAAUAUAAUAUAGAAACUGGCGUGUGUGAGAUUAUCAAAGGUUGUGGUGAAAAGCUCGGAGAUUACAUAGUAAAUAAAACUUGUACAGUUCUGGCUGCGUCCAUACACGACGAUGAGUGGGUGGUUUUCUUUGAUCUUGUCAAUAAGCAAGUGAUGUAUAAUAUGAUACCAGAGACGAUAGGGGGAGAUAAAAGAAAGAAUUUUAUAAAUGAUCAUCUGGUUACUGACGAUGGUCGUUAUUUAAUAUUUUCCCAUAUGCUUGUACCACCCGUUCUAAAAGGAGUAAAAGAUGCAGAGUCUACUGAAUUGGUUGUGGUGUGGAAUAUACCAGAUAAUAAGAUUCACCAAAUACUGUACGACGAAGAAUAUGCAAUUAAAUAUCACCAUAUGGACGUGAAUGAAACUGAUAUUGAUGAAAUGCCUGAUAUAUCGGUGAAUGAUUUACAUAUCCUGGACGAGAAGACGGUGAUUACUACUAAUGAUGAUUAUUUUAUACGGGUGUAUGACAUCAAAACGGGUAAUCUUCUACAUCGACUUACUGGACAUUUUAGUAAUAUUAAGUUGGUAUUGAAUAAAGACAGCCCAUUCCUUCUAUCUUAUGCCAACUGGAGUGAAGAGAAUUGUAUCAGACUAUGGGAUAGACAAACCUUUCAUUGUCUGGCAUCUUAUUGUAUAGAAACAAAGAUAAAGACUCCCAUGUUUUCAUCAGAUGGAUAUCAUAUAAUAGUUACAUAUAAAGAUGUCGGCUAUGUCAGGUUUCAUUUAAAAGGUGGAGACAGUAUCUCCAAAUAUCAACCACCAAAACAACUUGAUCAAUAUAAAGAACUAUUUAAACCUACUGAUGAAAUUGUUGAGUUGAAAAUACCUAAUAAUAUAACCUAUGAUAAUCCUGACCCAGACACUGAUGAAUUAGAAGUAGCAGAUGAAGACGGCGAUGAUGACGAUUUUGAUUGUGGUGAUAGUUCAUCCUAUGAUUCAAGUACAACUGACACUGAUGAAAAUUGAAAAGGAAAAAUAGUUUAUGACUGACUAUAUGUCAAAACUGUAAUGUGCCAAAUAAAUUUAACUUAAAAAUAAUCAAAUGUGAAAAUUUGUGCUCUUAAAAUACUUCAGUUAAAAUAAUGUAGGACGUGUUUGAUUUUACCACUAUAUAUUUUGAAAAUAUUGUACAAUUUAAAGUAGCUAAGUCUCUAACUCAAUAUCAUCCAAAAUCUUCAACAUUGAAAAAACGAUUUAUUUGUCAAAUUAAAUCAACAUUCAUGUUGUGAUCUUACCGGAAAAAGAUGGGCUUUUGAUAUCCAAUAUUUAAGACAAAAUAAACAUUUUACCAUUGGUACACGAAUGCGCUUCAGUCCCAGUUGAAUCAAGAGACCCGAGGGUCGAGGCUAGACACAUUGCACCAAAUCAAACGGCGUAUGUAGACUGGAAUAACCAGACGCUAGAAAUUUGCAUUCUCUUGAGACUGCUGGCUUAUUUCGCCGAACAUAACUGAUUUGAAAUUGGAGUAAAAACGGAAACCAUUGAAUGUAAAUCAGUUUAUAUACAUUCAUACUACAGUAUUAUAUGUGUUGCGACCUACUCUUGUCAAUUUCUAGGUCCCAAAUGUUAGCGAUUUAGCUCCUUUAAGGGAAUACACAGGAUACACAAAUUCCAAGGUAUUAAUUUGUUUCCAUGUGCCUUGUUGGUGGGGUAUAUACUAUAUAUUAUGUAAAAUAUUAAGUAAUAUAUGUACAGUAUAAUUACAGUAUUGUAUAAAUAGAUAAUAAAUAUGGUGAAUUGAUA